AUGGUUUCUCAAGCAAAAAUUGAAUCGUGGGUGAUUCAAUUUCUACAAGAUCAAAAAUAUGAAGACUACCAAAUCGAGUUUAAUGGAAAACCUGAUAAAGAUACUGGUUAUAUGAGUGAUAUUAACUUUUUAACUGUAAAGUGUACGCAUUCAAAUGAAGAAAAAUUCCUACACGUCGUUCUAAAACACGACUAUUAUCAACAACGUGAAACAAUAAAAAACGCAUUCAUAAUCGAGACAUUAAUAUACCAUACAGUAUUGCCAACAUUUAGGAGCUUUGAAUUAAGGAAAAAUAUAGAGGAUGUUUUUGACAGUGCGCCAAAAUACUUUUAUAGUCUCAACGAUAAAAACACACAAAUUAUUCUUAUUGAAAACGUAACGAACAAGGGAUACCGUAUGCAUGAUAGAAGAAAAGCUUUCGAUAUGGAUCACUGCAAACUGAUCCUUCGUGAAUAUGGAAAACUCCAUGCUCUUUCAUUUGCGUUUAGAGAUCAACACCCCGAAGAGUUUAAAGAUUUAUGUAAACGUUUUCCAGACAUCCACGCUAUAUUUGCUGCCCAGAAAGAUAUGCAGGAAUACGUGAAAAGUAGAAUAGAAGAGAUGGCGAAUGUCCUCAAAAUGAACGGAGAUGUAGAACUCAGUGUACGGCUGCAAGCUGAACUAGAAGAUGCGUUUAAAAUUGAAGAUGAAGAGAUUCGUGCAGAAGAUGGGCAGGUGGUUAUUUGUCAUGGAGACAAUUGGAACAAUAAUUAUAUGUUCAAGUAUUCACUAGAUGACGGCUGUGAAACUCCAAAUUCCGUAAUGCUUUUAGACUGGCAACUCUCCGGUGUUAGAUCACCUGCUAAUGACCUAUCUAACUUCCUAUUCCUCACUUGUUCUAAAAAAGAACUAGAUCAACUUGAAGACCUUCUGCAUGUAUAUCACGACGCCCUUACAGACCGUCUCAAGCUUCUAGGAAGCUCAACAAACCUGUUUACUUUUGACGAUUUGAAAAGACACUGGAAAGAGAAUUCAAUGUUUGGACUUCUCGGUAUGGUCAUCGAUUUAAAUCUCGCUGUCAAAGAGGAUAAAGAUUCCGAUGUUAUGGAAACGCCAGAGGUUUUGUUUUAUGAAAGGGCAAAAGCGGCAAUUUCAACUUAUUUUAAAUAUCAAGAAAUAUUUUGA